GAAUAGUAGGUACGUAGCCGUACAGCCAUUAUAACUAUUUCAAAGCUAAAGCUGAAACGUGACUGAUCAUUGAAAUAUCGGAUUAUUGAAGCUCUGGUUGUUCGAUAUGAAUAGGACAAUAAAAUUACAUCGAAUACAAAUGGAAAGCCAUAACUCGCCAGAGAUGUUUCAAUGUUUCUUACUAUAACGGUCAGCUUUCGUCUUAAUAAUUUUUUUGGCUGCAAGCCUUGUUUUAAAAAAAAGAUAAAAAGUCAAUGAUCUAUUUUUUAAUUGUUAUGGCAACACCACUUUUAAACUGUCAUCUCCAGAAUUGUGGUCUUUUUUGCUCCGUCAAUGUUAUUUUCGAAAAUAAACAAUUUACUAUGAAAUUGGAAUAAUAAAGCCAUAAAACGAGGUUAUAAAUAUAGAAUUUGUUGCGGUUUGCAAUAAAAUGGCUUUUAAGUACUUCUUGUGUGUUCUUUUGACUUACAACAUGUUGUUGUCGUGCGCCUCGGCGGCGGUGCAUGGGCACGGCGUGGACAACUUGGAGCGGGAGACGGACGGCAGCUUCCGCGCGCGAGACUACGAGCACUACGGCGACUCCGGCCACAACUCCGAGUUCGACCACGAAGCGAUACUAGGGAGCGUGCGGGAGGCCGAGGAGUUUGACAAGCUCAGCCCGGAGGAGUCCAAGCGGCGGCUGGCUCUGCUGCUGCCGAAGAUGGACCUCAACGGAGACCAGCAAGUGGACCGGAAAGAACUUAAGAACUGGAUAUUGAAAUCUUUUAUCAACUUGUCUCGUGAGGAAGCGCAGGAGCGUCUUCAAGAAGCAGACGAGGACCGUGACGGAGCAGUAACCUGGCUGGAGUACUUGCACGACACCUUUGGAGUUGAUUCUGAAGAUGAUGUGGGUCCUGACGACACUGGGGACUCAGGAAUGCUACUGCAAGAAGAGAAGGCGAUGUGGGCGAUAGCUGACGCCAACAGCGACGGGAAACUUGAAAUUCACGAGUUCCAGGUGUUUACGAACCCUGAGGAGCACGAGGAGAUGCACCAGAUCCUCAUCAACCAGACCCUGAGGGAGAAGGAUACUAACAAGGACGGACGCAUUGACUUCAACGAGUAUGUUGGGGAGAGAGGUAAGCACCAAGACAAGGGCUGGUUAAUAUCUGAGAAGGACAAAUUCGACAACGAUUUAGAUCUGAACAAGGACGGAGUUAUCGACAUGGCUGAGAUACACACGUGGAUUAUACCUAACAAUGAUGAAAUAGCAGACGAAGAAGUGGACCAUCUCUUCGCUUCAGCAGACGACGACCACGACGACCUGCUAUCAUUCGAGGAGAUACUCCGUCACCACGACGUGUUCGUCGGCAGCGAGGCCACGGACUACGGCGGCGAUCUCAUGGGAGAACACUUUGAUGAUGAGCUCUGAACCAUCUGUUUUGUGGCUCUUCGCGUUGCUAUUAGAAUACGUUGAGGGUGAGUGUGUCUUAAAGUGGGGGUACUUUGGCUUUUUUGUCGACUUAAGUUUGCGAGUAUUUUAGGUAAAAAGUUCAAGUGGAUCCAAGUUGAUUUGAAGUAGCAAAAAUUUUGUUUAAAAUACUCAAAAUAUCUAAAAAACAAAACACUGUCGACAUCGUCACCUCUCGAGCCUUUUUCCCAAUUAUGAUAGGGUCGGCUUCCAGUCGAACCAUUCGGUUACAUCUGUAGCUGAUGAGAUGUAGCGACAAUAAUAGUUAUGUUGUAGUUGUCUUAUAUACGUAUUUAUAGACUUUAUAGCAAGUUUGCUUUAAGCUUAGCUUUAAAUAAAAAAGUCAAAGUACGCUCAGCUUUUGACACCAUCUUUCAAGUUAAGUUCAUACUCAGAACAUGAAAUUAGCGGUACCUUUAUGUUAAAUGUUAACAACUCACUUGAAUAAAGCAAUACUACAGUAUGAACUGUUAUAUCAACGUAUAGACGCGAAGAUUUUCAAUUCAAAGAGCGGAUUUAAACGCACAAUAUACUUAAAUAAAUAAGUUAUAAGACUUCCGCCGUUCAAGAGAAUGGAAUAACACGCCAUUAAGUUUGGCGCGAACUAUACCUUGUAACUAUUGUAUAGUACACUAGAAACAUUUGUACCAAAAUAUAGGUAUAGGCAUUCGCCAAUCAGAACUAAGUUAUAUCACGUGAUCUUUGUAAAGAACCAAUGGCAGUCCUUUAUUUCCUAUUUAAACUGUACGUGCUAUAUAAGUAUAGUUUCUAUAUUUAUGUUCUGUGAGCCCGAGUUUUAAUUAGAAAUAUUGAUAAUAAAUUAAGUUGUCAAGUCCUAAUCGGCAGAUUUUUUUACUAAAAUUGUAUUUUAACUCAAUAUUUUCUGUAAUGCUUGAUGAACUCAUUUUAUGUAUUUAUGAAUAAAUUAUUGCCAUUUAUCGACAAAAU